AUGUCUAGGUCCUCCUCACCCCAGCCCGGAGGCUGGUCGAGUCCAGGCUUGAACACGCCCUACGAUAACAGCGGGCAUAGCAGUCCAUACCCCAAUGGCUCCUCUUCACACAAUGUCACUUGGGCAUCGGCUCAAGCCCGGAGUGCAGAGGUCAAAGGCUAUCCUGCUUUCACUCCUAGAGGCCAAGGUUUCUUUGGCAAGCACUUUCGCAAAAUAUCUAUGAGCCUGCCCUUCAACCAUGGCGACAAGGAAAAGCUUGGCCGAGGACGGUCUCAGGGUAACAAGGUCACGCGGACUCUCAAUGGCAUAGUUUGGAAUUUGUGGCGCCUGCGGAAACGAGUCAUGGUCUUGUUUUUGGUUACGUUUCUUCUUUUCUUUUGGAAUUUUAACACACCCAUACGUCGAGCAUAUAGACGCUCAGCAUGGCUCGGUGGCGGCAGCAAAUAUGUCGUCAUCUUGGCUGCGAAUCAAGGUGGAGGUGUCAUGGAAUGGAAGGGUCCUCGUGAAUGGGCCAUUGAGCGCGACAGCGUUAAGAACAAGAAAAAGUAUACCAGGAACUGGGGCUACGAAUUGGAGAUUGUUGACAUGAGCACGAAGAAGCGCUACGCGCACGAGUGGAGGGAGAGCUGGGAGAAGGUGGAUACGAUUCGCAAUGCCAUGCGCAAGUACCCGCACGCUGAAUGGUUCUGGUGGCUGGACACGAACACAUUCAUCAUGGAACCAACCUACUCCCUGCAGAAGCACGUUUUCAAGCAGCUGCAAGACGUCACGUACCGCGAUAUCAACGUUUACAACCCUCUCAACAUUACGCAUCCUUUGACAGACGAGUACCUCGAUCCCGAAACACGCUCGCCGGUGGGAGAUGGCAGAGUCGAUUCUGUAAACAUGCUGGUGCCUCAAGAUUGCGGUGGUUUCAACUUGGGCUCAUUCAUGGUGCGGAGAAGCGUCUGGACGGACAGGUUGCUUGACAUCUGGUGGGAUCCUGUUGGAUACGAGCAGAAACACAUGCAAUGGGAGCACAAGGAACAGGAUGCAUUCGAGCACAUGUACCAAAACCAACCUUGGAUCCGCCCCCACGUUGCGUUCAUCCAACAGCGUCAAAUCAUGAGUUUCCCGCCAGGCGCCUGCGGUGACCAGGGCGACAAUCCCGACAUCCAUUACCAAGAGAAGGACCGCGACUUCCUAGUCAACAUGGCUGGCUGUGAGUGGGGUCGCGACUGCUGGGCUGAAAUGUACAAAUACCGCGAGCUUAGCAACCACCUCAACAGGACGCCAUGGGAGAAGUUCAAGGACGGCCUCUCGAGUUUGUUCAAGAGCAAGCCGAAGAAAGACGAUAAGAAGGAUGGAAAGAAGGAAGAGAAGAAGAAUUAGAUGGCAAUCAACGAUGUAUCCGAGGCGGUAUCGAGUGUAUUUCUGACAUUUCUCGCAUUUUGAUGGAAGCCAGGAUUCGGCUGAUGGGUUUACAAUAAUACUGAUCCGCGAAUGGGAAUGCACAGCCCUGGGAGCUGCAUACUCUCAGCAUACAUAAUGCCGGAGUUGGCGUCAUGCACCUAUACUCCUACAAGGCUGACUAUUUGGGAAUUAGGUGGGCAGCCGGACGGAAUGUGGCGUUGUCAUUUCUACAAAUGUUAUUUCGUGGGUCCAAACGUUGCCUCGAAUUCAAGUCAUUGUCGUCCCUUUGACCAGCUUCUCCACACGGAAGCCCCCGCCAUCCCCAGGACUGGUUGGGGUGACGGUAUUGGCUGUUAAGGUUAUCCAGGUAUCCUAGUCCUCUGCAGCACGUCUGCUUGUUUGGAAACCCUGUAAAAUAGAAGCAAGUUGUCGA